UGUAGAUGAAAGCUGAUGAUCACCAGUGUGCAUAAAUUUCACUUGAGGCCUCACAAGUGCUUUGCAGAAAGUAAAAAUGUUUUUCCUUCUUUUUAGGGUGUCUGCAARCAAGUGAACUGACAACUCUGGUACUUCUUAAUUCCAAACAAGAUGAAGAUSCCCUCUUUGCUGCUGAGGUUCCCUCGUUGUUAUUUUUCCAGAAGAACUUACUUCACRAACUUUCACUUUGCUUCCAGAGCAGAUUUCCUGGGCGUUGAAUCUCUUGGGCCAGCGCACCGCUGUCAUACAAAAUGGAUUUGUUCAUCAAAUGGUUUGAGGAGAGAGCUGUGCCAGCAAACAGCCCCUGACCAGCAAGCAGAGGAACUUUCUGACAGAGAGCACAGACUCAUAGACAGACUUUACAAUGGACUAAUCCAGGGUCAUAGAGCCUGCUUAGCUGAAGCCAUUACCCUUAUAGAAUCAACUCAGAGUCGGAAGAAGAAAGUAGCCCAGGUGCUCCUUCAGAAGGUAUUAUCCUACCACAGGGAACAAGAAAAGUUAAAUCAAGGAAAGCCACUUGCCUUUAGAGUGGGGUUGUCUGGUCCUCCUGGUGCUGGAAAAUCRACCUUCAUAGAAUGCUUUGGGAAGAUGCUUACAGAAAGAAAACACAAAGUSUCUGUGUUGGCUGUAGACCCUUCCUCUAGUACAAGUGGUGGUUCUCUUCUGGGUGAUAAAACACGGAUGACUGAGUUGUCAAGAGACAUGAAUGCAUACAUCAGGCCAUCUCCAACCAGUGGGACACUGGGAGGUGUCACAAGGACCACAAAUGAGGCCAUUCUGCUGUGUGAAGGAGGAGGCUACGAUGUUGUUCUUGUGGAAACAGUAGGUGUUGGACAGUCAGAAUUUGCUGUGGCUGAUAUGGUUGAUAUGUUUAUAUUACUGCUACCACCUGCAGGUGGAGAUGAAUUACAGGGCAUCAAACGGGGCAUCAUUGAGAUGGCAGAUCUYGUUGCCAUCAAUAAGGCUGAUGGUGAUUUAGUUGUGCCUGCCAGGAGAAUCCAGGCUGAGUACAUCAGUGCUAUGAAGCUGCUUCGCAAGCGCUCGAAGGUUUGGAGGCCAAAGGUAAUGCGCAUCUCUGCCAAAACUGGAGAAGGGAUCUCAGAUAUGUGGGAUAAAAUGACCGAGUUCCGUGACCUCAUGCUCACAAGUGGCGAGCUGAUUGCCAAACGGAGGAAACAGCAGAAAGUGUGGAUGUGGAACCUCAUCCAAGAAAACAUGUUGGAGCAUUUCCGGAGUCACUUGGCUGUCAAGGAUAAGAUCCCACUUYUGGAAGAAAAAGUUCUUAGUGGAGUCCUGUCUCCUGGACUGGCAGCCGACCUGCUACUGAAAGCAUUCAAAGAUGGUCUCUAAGCAUUGUUUUCUACUCUGUUCUUGAUAAGUGCUUUAUGUUAAAAUGAACAUUAAAUACACUUUUUCUA